AUUUUUCAGGAGUGGUACUGCUUAUGGUUGAAGCUGAAAUCCACCUUCACGUCCUCCACCACUCACCUUCACUUGUGGCCAGUGGAUAUUUUUGUGGCCCAGGCAAGAACUGGCAUCGAGGACCUUCAUAAAGACCCUGGCAUGUCAGAGGUGGUUUGGAAGCAGCACAGCAAUUUGACCAUCCCUUUCCUCUAUGUUGGUUUUAGGGGUGCAGAAUUGCUUCUCGUUCAUGAACGGACUGUCGCCGGAUAUCAGAGUCCCCAUAUUUUCAAGAUAUGUUUUAGCCAUGUUGGC